CUAUGCCCUAGGGCUAGUGGAAGACCUAAGAUGGCGGCGUUUGCACGGAGUGCAACCACUGUGUCCUUACGGGGGUUGCAAGGCGUCCGAAGUAUGAAUCCACUAACAAAAGUCCAGAAACUCGCCAGUUAAUAGUAUUGUGAGUUUCGCUCUUAUUGCCCAGGCUGGAGUGCAAUGGCACGAUCUCGGCUCACCGCAACCUCCACCUCUCGGGUUCAAGCGAUUCUCCUGCCUCAGCCUCCCAAGUAGCUGGGAUUACAGGCAUGAGCCACCGUGUCCAGCGAGAAUAGGUGAUUUUCAAACUUGGAAACAUUCAGAAGUUAUCUCCUCAGUUUCAGAUUGAGUAGUCUCAAAGAGAUUAUAGGCAUCAUCUACCAUAAAUUCUCUACUUGGUGUGGUGCAAAAUCAGUAUGACGUAAACUUUGUCUCUCAGUUUCUUCAAAGGAAAGAAGGAACUGGAACACUCAUAUAACACUAACACUUCCAGCUGCAUUCUGAGGGACCAGUACCUGUCUCAAGGCAAAAUUAUGACUUAGUUCAUCCUCACCUCUGGAGGCUAGUAAAAGUGGGUUAUAGAAGAACAAAGAGGCAUCUAGAUCUUUCACUGGGUUAUUUGGAGAGAAACGUCUCCUACCCAAGGCCAGUUUAACAAGACUGGUAGAGGAGGUUAUCUUAUCUAAUUCACAGAAAUCAACACAUUGAGUCAAGAAAAAUGAAACAGGGAAGCAGAUUCUAAAUAAAAGAAGAUAAGUCUUCAGAAACCAACCCUAAUGAAAUGAAGAUAUGUGAUUAACCUGACAGGAAAUUAAAAAGAGCAACCAUAAAGAGGCUCACUGAAGUCAUGGGAGCAAUGCAUGAACAAACUGAGAAUUGUCAUAAAGAAAUAAAAGAUAUCAAAAAGUAUAAAGUUGAAGAACACAAUAACUGGACUCAAAAAUUUAAUGUGUCCAACAGCAGAAUCAAUGAAGCAGAAGAAAGGACUAUCAAACUUGUAGAUAGGCCAUUGGAAAUCAUGUAAUGUGAGGAGAAAAAAGAGAAAAGAUUGAAGGUAGUUUAAGAGACUUUUGGGACAUCCUCAAAGGGGAAUAAUUUAUACAUCACCAGAUGGAGAAGACAGAGGGAAAAGGACAGAAAACAUAUUUGAAGAAAUAAUGUCAGAAAACCUCAUAAUUCUGGCAAGGAAAUAGAAAUUUAGAUCUAAGAAUCUCGAACAUCAGGUAGGAUGAAUCCAAGGAGACUCACACCAAAACAUACUGUAAUUAAAUAAAAGUAAAAGACAAUCUUCAAAGCAGCAAGGGAACAGUCUCUUACAUACAAAAUGAUCCACGGAAGACUGUCAGCAGACUUCACCAGAAAACUUUCACGCCAGAAGUCAGUCGUGAUAUAUAGAAAAAGCUGAAAGGAAAACACUGCCAUCCAGGAAUACUAUCUCCAGCUAUCCUGUGUUUCAAAAAUUAAGGAGAAAUAUAAAGUUCUCAAAAGAUGUGGGUGUUUACCACCACUAGACCUGCACAGGAAGAAUUGCUAAAGGGAGUCCUUCAAGCUGUAGUAAAAGAGUGCUAGUUAGAAACAUGAAAACAUGUGAGUAUAAAACUCGCUGACAAAAGUAAGUACAUUGUUGGCUGGGUGCAGUGGCUCAUGCCUGUAAUCCUAGCAGUUUGGGAGGCUGAGGCAGGCACAUCACCUGAGAUCAGGAGUUCGAGACCAGCCUGGCCAACAUGGCACAACAUCGUCUUUACUAAUACAAAAAUUAGCUGGGCGUGGUGGUAUGCUCCUGUAAUCCCAGCUACUCUGGAGGCUGAUGCAGGAGAAUCGCUUGAACCUGGGAGGCGGAGGUUGCAGUGAGCCGAGAUGGCACCACUGCACUCCAGCCUGGGUGACAGAGCAAAAUGCCAUCUCAAAACAAAACAAAAAAAGUACACAGUCAAACUGAGAAUAUGCUAAUACUAUAAUGGUGGUGUGAAAACAAAUUAUGUAUUUAUCAUAAAAGUUAAGACAAAACUUAAAAUUAACUUGUAGCAACAAUAAUUUAUUAAAUUAUACAAAUUAUAAAAUGAUAUAAAUUGUGUCAUCAGGAACACAAUGUGGGGUUGAAAGUAAAAGCAUAGCAUUUGAGUAAUUGAUCUAAUUUUAGUUGUAUUAAUUUAAAAUAGUCUCAUAAGUGUAAGAGACUUUGUGUAAGGUUCAUGGUAACCACAACGUUUGCAAAAAACCCUUAGUAGAUAUGCAAAAUAUAAAAAGAAAGGGUUGAAAGCAUACCACUACAGAAAAACAUUGAAUCACAUAAAAAAACAGCAAGAGAGGAAGAGAAAAGCAAAGAAUUUGUAAUCAACCAGAAAACAAAUUGCAAAAUGACAGCAGAAAUUCUUUACCUGUCAAUAAGUGCUUUGAAUGUAAAUAGAUUAAAUUCUCUAAUCAAAGAUAAAGUGGAUGAAUGGAUUUUAAAAAGUCCCAUCUAUAUGUUGCCUACAAGACAGUUCAUUUUUAAGGAUACAUAUAAAUUGAAAGUGAAAGGAUGGACAAAGAUAUGCUAUGUAAAUGGAAACUAACAGCAGAGGCAGAUCUCUUAAUAUUUACAUCAGAUGAAACAGAAUUAAAGUAAAAAUUUUUAAGCAGAGACAGCAUCAUUAUAUAAUGAUAAAGUGGUCUGUUCAUCCAUGGGGUAUAAAAGUCAUAAAUGUAUAUGCACUCAACAUUACAGCACCUAAAUAUAUAAAGCCAAUAUUAAAAGCUUUGAAGGAAAAUAUAAAAUGUAAUACAAUAAUUGAGGGGACUUCAGCACACCUCUUUAAGCCAUGGUGAGAUCAUUCAGACAGAACAUCAAUAAGGAGACAUCAGACUUAAACCACAAUUGAAAACCAAAGUUGCCCAUAUGGACCUAAAAGACAUUUAUGCAGUCUUCCGUUCAACAGCAGUGGAAUACACAUUUUUCAAAAGUGCACGCAGAAUAUUCUCCAGAGUAAAUCAUAUGUUAGGUCACAAAAGAAGUCUUAAGAAAUUUUAAAAGAUUGAAGUAAUAUUGAAUAUCUUUUCUGACCAUAAUGGUAUGAAACUGGAAAUCAGUUAUAGGAGGAAUUUUAGAAUAUUCACAAGCACAUGGAAAUUAAAUAACAUAUUAUCAAUCAGUGGUUCAAGGAAGAAAUUAAAAAUUAUUUGCAGAAAAACAAAAAUGGAAACACAAAAUACCAAAACUUAUAAUAUGCAAGAAAAGCAAUUCCUAGAGGGAAGUUUUAGCAAUAAAUGUCUACAAGUACAAAGAAGAAAUAGCUCAAACAAUUUAAUGGUAUACCUAAGAUAACUAAAAGAAGAACAUAACAGAUUAUAGUAUAAAUAAGUGAGACUAGAAAAAUAAUAGAAAAUACCAACAAAACUGAGGGGAUAUUUUGAUAAACUAAAAAAAUUAAGCAAUGAACAAUAAAAUAAAAAGGCAGUCCAAUAGUGAGUAAGAAAGCUGCGUCAAUAAUUAAAAGUUUCUCAUAAAAGAAAACCAGGAACUUAUAGAUUCCCUUCUGAAUUCUACCAGACAUUUAACCCUUUUCCCACUUGCCCCAAACUCGCUGGUGGCCGUUGUGGCUGCAGCAUUUACCCUGAGAUAACUUUGCUACGAAAUAUCUUGCUUUCAUUAUUUUCGUAUUGCUCUAGUGUAUUGACUUUGGAAGCAAAACACAUCUUUCUAUUUACAGCAUUCUGUCUUUAGUAGUGGUAUUUCCAUUUACAAAGUAUAGUAAUUCUCAAUCACUGAAAAUGUCAAAUUUUAGAAAACGUAGUAUUCCUGUGUAUGAUGUUAAUAUUCUUGAACAGUUAUUGUCCAAAGAUGCAUUGGUUUUCUUCAGAAAUAGACAAUUCAGAUGAUUGUGAUGUUCUGUUUAGAAAUAACUCCAAGAACAGUUUUUGCAUUUUAUUUUCACAUUGAAAAUCAGUCAGAUUUGCAUCAGCCUCAAAGAGCAGGUUUAUGUAAAAUAUUUAAGUCCUGGCAGCGAGCCGCCCUUUUUUGUUCCUAAAUGGGAAAAGAGUUAAAGAAAAGCUAGUAUCAAUCCUUUUCAUACUCUUUAUAAAAGUUGAAGAGGAGGGAAUAAGUUCCAAUCACACUUUAUGAGGCCAACGUUAACCUGAUACCAAAGUCAGAUGAAGAUACUAAAAGAAUACAAAAUUACAGACCAGUAUCCCUGAUGAACAUAGAUGCAGAAACCCUCAACAAAAUACCAGCAAACUGAAUUCAACAACAAAUUUAAAAGAUCAUUUUCCCAUGAUCACGUGGGGAGAUAACCUUUUGCAUUUAAGGAUGGUUAAACAUACAUAAAUCAAUAAAUUUGAUAGAUCACAUUAAAAUGAACAUCAAAACUACGUGUCUCAAUACUUCCAGAAAAAGAAUUGACAACCUUUUUUUUUCUUUUUCCCGGAGACAGAGUCUUGCUCUGUCACCCAGGUUGGAGUGCAGUGGCACUAUCUUGGCUCACUGCAACCUCUGCCUCCCGGGUUCUCCUGCCUCAGCCUCCCGAGCAGCUGGGAUCAGAGGCACCUGCCACCAUACCCAGCUAACUUUUGUAUUUUUAGUUGAGACAGGGUUUCACCAUGUUGGCUAGGCUGGUCUUGAAGCCCUAACCUCAGGUGAUCCGCCCUCCUCGACCUCCCAAAGUGCUGGGAUUACUGGCGUGAGCCACAGUGCCCGGCCGGAUACUUAACAUCUUUGCAUGAUAAAACCUGAACAAGUUGGGCAUAAAAGGAAGAUGUCUUAACACAUUAAAGGCUCUAUAUGACUGGCCCAGAGCUGAAAUCUUAACACUGAGGAGUUGAAGGCUUUUUCUCUAAGAUCAGGAACAAGACAUGGAUGCCAGUUUUUUUCCUUCUAUUCAGUGUUGUACCGGAAGUCAUAGCAAGAGCAUUUAGGCAAGAGAAAUAAAAGACAUCUAAGUAGGAAAAGAAGAAAAAACUUGUCUCUCCUGAUUAUCUUAUAGCUAGAAAACCUUAAAGACUCCAUUAAAAAAAAAAAAACUAUAGAACUAAUAAAAUGAAUUCCAUAAAGUGCUAUGUACAAAAUUGACAAGUCUGUAGCAUUUCUAUACACUAACAAUCUAUCCGAAAAAGUAAUCAAGAAACUAAUCACAUUUACACUAUUUACUAAGUAAACAAACUUAUGAAUGAAUUUAACCAAGUAGAUUAAAGAUCUAUAUACUGAAAACAUUGAUGAAACGAAUCGAAGAUUACAAAAAUAGAAAUUUUUCUUUGUACAUGGAUUGGGAAAUUUAUAUUGUUAUAAUUUUCAUACUGCCAAAAGAAACAUACAGAUUCUGUGUAAUCAAUAUUUCAAUGUCUUUUUAUUUUUACAAAAUACAAAAAAAAUUCUAAGACUUGUAUGGAACUACAGAAGACAUUAAAUAAUCAGAGUAAUCUUGAGCAACAAGGACACAGCUGGAGGCAUCACUCUACCUGAUUUUGUAAUCCAUUAUCAAAAAACUGUGGUACCAACAUAGAAACAGAUUCACUGACCAGUGGAACAGGAUAGCCCAGACAUAACUCAUGCAUUUUCAUCCAACUGAUUUUUGACAAAAGUGGCAUACAGAAUGGGGAGAGGAUAAAUUUUUCAGAUAUCUGUAUAUCUGUAUGUGAAAUUGGACCAUUUUCUCAUAGCAUAUAGAAAAAUCAACUCAAAAUGGAUUAAAGCCUGAAAUGUUGCCUUUGAAACUGUAAAACUAGUAGUAGAAAAUAUAGGGGAAAAGCUCUAUUAUGUUGUUCUGGGCAAUGAUGUCUUGGAUACAUCCUUAAAAGCAUGGGCAGCAAAAACAGCCAGACAACUAUCGGGGAACCUGCCCUGAUAGUCACGUAGAUUCUUUUCUAUUUUCCCUAAGUGUCAGCCGGGUUGAGAAAUAAAGGGACAGAGUACAAAAGAGAGAAAUUUUAAAGCUGGGCGUCCGGGGGAGACAUCACGUCGGUAGGUUCCGUGAUGCCCCGUGAGCCGUAAAACCAGUAAGUUUUUGUUAGGGAUUUUCAAAGGGGAGGGAGUAUACGAAUAGGGUGUGGGUCACAGAGAUCACGUGCUUCACAAGGUAAUAGAAUAUCACAAGGCAAAUGGAGGCAGAGCGAGAUCAUAGGACCACAGGACUGGGGCGAAAUUAAAAUUGCUAAUGAAGUUUCGGGCACCAUUGUCAUUGAUAACAUUUCAUCAGGAGACAGGGUUUGAGAGCAACCGGUCUGACCAAAAUUUAUUAGGCAGGCAUUUCCUCGUCCUAAUAAGCCUGGGAGUGCUAUGGGAGACUGGGGCUUAUUUCAUCCCUACAGUCUCGACCAUAGAAGAUGGCCAUACCCAAGGGGGCCAUUUUAGAGGCCCACCCUCAGGGGUGCAUUCUCUUUCUCAGGGAUGUUCCUUGCUGAGAAAAAGAAUUCAGCAAUCUUUCUUCCAUUUGCUUUUGAAAGAAGAGAAAUAUGGCUCUGUUCCACCUGGCUCACUGGUGGUCAGAGUUUAAGGUUAUCUCUCUUGUUCCCUGAACAUUGCUGUUAUCCUUUUCUUUUUUCUUUUCUUUUUUUUUUUUUUGAGACGGCGUCUCGCUCUGUCACCCAGGCUGGAGUGCUGGAGUGCAGUGGAGUGAUCUCAGCUCACUGCAAGCUCCACCUCCCGGGUUCAUGCCAUUCUCCUGCCUCAGCCUCUCCGAGUAGCUGGGACUACAGGCGCCCGCCACUAUGCCCGGCUAAUUUUUUAUAUUUUUAGUAGAGAUGGGGUUUCACCGUGGUCUCGAUCUCCUGACCUCGUGAUCCGCCUGCCUCAGCCUCCCAAAGUGCUGGGAUUACAAGCGUGAGCCACCACACCCACCCUAUCCUUUUCUUUUUUCAAGGUGCCCAGAUUUCAUAUUGUUCAAACACACAUGCUCUACAAUUUGUGCAGUUAAAACAAUUAUCACAGGAUCCUGAGGCGACAUACAUCCUCCUUGGCUUAUGAGAUGACAGGAUUAAGAGAUUAAAGACAGGCAUAGGAAAUCACAAGGGUAUUGAUUGGGGAAGUGAUAAGUGUUCAUGAAAUCUUCACAAUUUAUGUUUAGAGAUUGCAGUAAAGACAGGCAUAAGAAAUUAUAAAAGUUUAGGGAACUAAUAAAUGCCCAUGAAAUCUUCACAAUCGACGUUCUUCCACCAUGGCUUCAGCCGGUCCCUCCGUUCGGGGUCCCUGACUUCCCGCAACAGACAACUUGAGUUGCAUCAAACUAAAAAGCAUCUGCAAUGCAAAGGGUACAGUUAACAGAGUGAAGACACGGGUUUUGAGAAACCAUUUUCAAAUCAUAUAUCUGAUAAGGGACUAAUAUCCAAAAUGUAUUAAGAAACCCAAGCUCAAUAGCAAGAAAACAACUGUCUUUAAAAGGGGGAAAAGGACCUCAACUUACAUUUUUCAGAGGAAGACAUGAGUGGCCAAUUGAUACAUGAAAAAAAUGCUCAACAUCUCUAAUCAUUAGUGAGUUGCAAAUCAAAACUGCAAAAUAUUACCUUACAACUUUUAGAAUGGCUAUUAAAAGGGUGAAAGACAGGUGCUGGCAAGGAUGUGGAAAAAAGCCUCAACAUUCUGUUAGUGGGAAUAUAAAUUAGUAUAGACAUUUUAGGAAACUAUAUGGUGGUUCCUUAAGAAACUAACAGUACAAUUACUAUAUGAUCUAGCGAUCUCUACUUAGGUAUAUAUCCAAAGGAAUUGAAGCAGUAUGUUGAAGAGAUCUUGCACUCCCUUAUUUUGAAAUUAUUUACAAAGCUACUAUAUGGAAAGGACUUAAGUUUUCAUAACAGAUGAAUGGACAUAGAAGAUGUGUUGUAUAUACAUAUUGGAAUAUUUUUUAUCCUUGGAAAAGAAGGAAAAUUGUCAUUUGUGACAACAUGGAUGAAUCUGUAGUAUACUAUGCUAAGUGUAUAAGACAGGCACAGAGAGGCAAAUACUACAUUAUAUUUGUAUGUGGAAUCUAAAAAAGGCUAACUCAUACAAGUAGAAAGUUGGAUGUUAUGGUUUCCAGGAUGUGGGUGUUGGAGAGAUGGGCAAAGGCAAGAUGUUGAUCAAAGAGUACCAAUUUUCUGUUACACAGGAGGAAUAAGUUUUAGACAUCUAUUUCACAGAAUGGUGACCAUUGUCACUGAGUGUAUAUUUUAAAAUUGUUAGAUGUUAAAGUUGUCACAACAAAAGUAGGUGAAGUUAUGGAUAUGUUAAUGUGCUUGAUUUAGUUAUUACACUAUGUAUACAUACAAAAACUUCACAUUGUUCCCUAGAAUUAUAUACAAUUAUUACUUGUCAAUUAUUAAAAAAAAGCCCUACUGCAACCACUAAAAAGGAUUUUCAUAUAAUAGAGGGAAAAAUCAUUAAAGAUAGUACAUUACUUUAGAAAAUAUUAACUUAUAAAAAGUAGUAUAGGAGGAAUUCUGUAAAAGAAGAUAGACAUAGAAUUUUAAAAUGUAUAAUGGAAAAUUUAAAUCCAGCUAUACUGAUGGAUCAAGCAAUCCAAACCAGUCUGAUUGACCAAGUGGAUAUUUAAAAACAAUCAAACUAUAAGGUGUCUGUUGUAGGCAGUUUAUAAAAUACAAAAGUGUUGAAAGAAACAGGAUGGAAAUAAGGCCAGGCGCGGUGGCUCACGCUUGUAAUCCCAGCACUUUGGGAGGCCGAGGCGGGCGGAUCACGAGAUCAGGAGAUCGAGACCACGGUGAAACCCCGUCUCUACUAAAAAUACAAAAAAUUAGCCGGGCGUGGUGGCAGGCGCCUGUAGUCCCAGCUACUCGAAGAGGCUGAGGCAGGAGAAUGGCGUGAACCCAGGAGGCGGAACUUGUAGUGAGCCGAGAAUGCGCCACUGCACUCCAGCCUGGGCGACAGAGCGAGACUCCGUCUCAAAAAAAAAAAAAAGAAAUAGGAUGGAAAUAGGAAUAUCCAAGUAGCAACCACAAAAAACUGCAAUGUCUGCACUAACAUCCCACAAAACAAACGAAGGUUAAAAAUAUUGAAAUUAUACAAAAUAUGUUCUAUGACUAAAGUUUAAUGAAAUUAGAAAUAACACAGGAACUAUACAUAUUUGUGCACAUUUAAAAAGUGUUAUGCUGAGUGUGGUGCCUCACACCUGUAAUCCCAGCACUUUGGGAGGCCAAGGAGGGUGGAUUAGUUGAAGUCAGGAGUUCCAGACCAGCCUGGCCAACAUGGUGAAACCCUGUCUCUACUAAAAAUACAGAAAAUUAGCCAGGCGUGGUGGUGUGUGCCUGUAGUCCCAGCUACUCGGGUGGCUGAGGCACUAGAAUCACUUGAGCCUAGGAGGCAGAGGUGGCAGUGAGCCGAGAUCACACCACUGCACUGCAGCCUGGGCGACAGAGAUCUUUUGUCAAAAAAAAAAGUAUAUAACCAAGUCAAAGGAGAAUUUAUAAGGAAAUCAGAAAAUACUUUGAGGUGGGCCGGGCGCAGUGGCUCACGCUUGUAAUCCCAGCACUUUGAGAGGCCAAGGUAGGCGGAUCACGAGGUCAGGAGAUCGAGACCACGGUGAAACCCCAUCUCUACCAUCUCUACUAAAAAUACAAAAAAAUUAGCCGGGCGUGGUGGUGGGCACCUGUAGUCCCAGCUACUCGGAGAGGCUGAGGCAGGAGAAUGGCGUGAACCCCGGAGGCGGAGCUUGCAGUGAGCCGAGAUUGCACCACUGCAUUCCAGCCUGGGCGACAGAGCGAGACUCCAUCUCAAAAAAAAAAAAAAAAUACUUUGAGGUGAAUGAAAAUACAGAAACAACAUAUCAAAUUCUGUGAGAUGUGUAAAAGCAAUGCUUACAGUGAAAUUAAUAGCUAUGAACAUUGUAAUGAAAUGAGAAGUACUUCAAAUUACUAACCUAACUUUCCAACUUUAGAAAAUACAGUAAAAAAAGAACAAAUUAAAAUCAAAGCAGAAAGGACAUAAAGUUUAGUGUGGAAAUAGAGAAUUAAAAAUAAUUGAGAAACAGCACUUCGUUGACUUAUUUAUAAAAUAAAGCUUUACGAAAAUGAGAAAUGUAAAAAGUGAUGUUCCUAAUGACUUUAUUCCAUACAAGGGAUUAAUAUUUUAACAAAUAUCUUUGUGGAAGUAGACAAAUUCCUAGAAAGACACUGACUACCACAACUCAUUCAAGAACAAAGUGAAGACAAUAAAUUGGUAAUUUAAAAACUCUCACCCCUGCCCCUGACACACAUGUAAAUCCCCAGUUCAAAUGGAUUCUUUUGUAUAUUAUACCAAACACAUGAAAAUUACCAAUUCGAUAAAAAUGUUUUAAAAACUUGGAAGAGCAUGUAUAUUUUUUAUUGGUUCUAUGAUGCUAUUGUUAUCUAGAUACCAAAGUGAAACAUCAUACGCAGGGAAAACUGUGAUAAUAUCACUUAUGAGUGGAUCUGCGAAAUUUCGUAGUGAAUUUUGGCAAACCAAAUACAGUAACAUAUAAAUAGGAAUGUACACCAGUACCCAGUACAGUGUAUCCCUGGAAUGGAACGUUAUUUCAUCAGCUGGAAAUGAUUAGUGCAACAGACUGAAGGAAGAAAACAACAUUGUCAUCUCAAUAGAUUAUGGACGGCUGGGAGUGGAGGCUCACGCCUGUAAUCCUAAUAUUCCUACCAACAGUGUAUAAGCAUUCCUUUUUCUCUGUAACUUCACCAUAAUGUUUUUUGUUUGUUUUUGACUUUGUAAUAGCCAUGGGCUGGGCAGUGACUCACGCCUGUAAUCCUAGCACUUUGGGAGGCUCAGUUGGGCGGAUCACUUGAGGUCAGGAGUUCGAGACCAGCCUGGCCAACAUGGUGAAACCCCAUCUCUACUAAAAAUACAAAAAUUACCUGUGCAUGAUGGCAGGCGCCUGUAAUCUCAGCUACUCGGGAGGCUGAGGCAGUAGAAUCACUUGAACCCAGGAGGUGGAGGUUGGAGUGAGCGGAGAUUGUGCCACUGCACUCUGGCCUGGCUGACACAGCAAGACUAUGUUUAAAAAAAAAGAGAAAGAAAAAAAAGAUAGAUGGUGGAAAAGUAUUUGGUAAACUAAGAAGUAAACCACAACCUAGUAAAGGGCAUAUUUUAAGAAUUCACAACUAGAACCUGGUGUUGUGGUUGUAAUCCCAGCACUUGGGGAAGCCAAAGCAGGAUUACUUGAGGCCAGAAGUCUGAGAUCAGCCUAGGCAAUAUAAGGAUACUCUGUAUCUUAAAAAAAAAAAAAUAAAAUCCAGAUGUGAUGACACAUGCCUGUAGGCCUAGCUACUUGGGAAGCUGAGGUUCAUGUUUACAGUGAGCUAUGAACAUGCCACUGUACUCCUGACUAAACAACAGAGUGAGACCCUGUCUCUAAAAAGCAAAAAAAAAAAAAAACCAAAACCCUCAGAACUAGUGUUACACUUAGUAUUUAAAGAAUGCUUUCUCUGAAAGAUGAGGAGCAAGGACAGGAUAAAACACUCUUGCCAGUUCUGUUCAACAAUGUACUGGAAGUAUCUGUGACAUUAAUUGCAUUGCAUAUGGAAAGAAAUAAAAAUUUUUAAAUAGGAAGCAGCAAAACCUUUUGCAGAUGACACGGUUUUGUGCAUACACAACCCCAGUGGAUCCAAUAAAUUUGGAUUCCAAUAACGAUCAUCUUAGCAAGUUUUUGUGAUUUAAGAUUACAAUCCAAAAAUCAGUUGUAUUUCUAUAUAUUAUUUAAGAAGUCAAAAGUGAAAUCAUUGAAACAUUUUUAUGUACAAUAUUAUUAAGGCAAAAUCCUGUGGGAUAAAGUGAAAUUCAGCAUGAAGUGUGAAUAACACAAAAUAUUUGUCAGAGGAGUUGAGGAAUAUCUAAGUAUGUGGAAAGACAUCUCAUAUUUGUGGAUUAGAAGAUUUAAGCAUCACCAGGUGUGGUGGCUCACGCCUGUAAUCCCAGCACUUUGGGAGGCUGAGGUGGGUGGAUCACAAGGUAGGGAGUUCGAGACCAGCCUGGCCAAUAUGGUGAAACCCCGUCUCUACUAAAAAUACAAAAAAUUAGGCGGGCGUGGUGGCGCAUGCCUGUAAUCCCAAUCCCUCUAGGCUGAGGCAGGAGAAUCGUGAGUCAAGAUUGGGCGACUGCACUCCAGCCUGGGCGACAGAGCUAGGCUCCCUCUCAAAAAAAAAAAGAGACUUAAGCAUCAAAAGAAUAGUUCAUUAAUGGAAAUAAAUUGAAAAAGGGAAGGACAUCAAAGUUUAAUGCUUUUACUUUGCGUAAUAACCAUAAAUAGUAUGAAAAUACUAUAUUCAUGGAAAAUGUUUUUAUUUUUUUUGAGACAGUUUCGCUCUUGUUUCCCAGGCUGGAGUGCAAUGGCACGAUCUCAGCUCACCACAACCUCUGCCUCCUGGGUUCAAGCGAUUCUCCUGCCUCAGCCUCCCAAGUAGAUGGGAUUACAGGCAUGCGCCACCACGCCCGCCUAAUUUUUUUGUUAUUUCUAGUAGAGAUGAGGUUUCUCCAUGUUGGUCAGGCUGGUCUCAAAUUCCCGACCUCAGGUGAUCUGCUCGCCUUGGCCUCCCAAAGUACUGGGAUUAUAGGUGUGAGCCGCCAUGCCCGGCCCUUUGUUUUCAAAUCUCAUAUCCAACAUUGGACUUAUGGCUAGAAUGUUUACAUAAUUCUCAAAAGAUAGUAUUAAAAAUCCAAACCUUUAAAUUAGAAAAUGGGCAAAAGUCAUGAAAGAACAUUCUUCUGAAGAUAGGGAAAUGUCAAUAAGGACAAGAUGGAAGUUAAUACUAUGAUGAGAUACUACAGAAGAUUUGCUUUUUUUUUGAGGCAGAGUCUGCCUCUGUCGCCGGAGUGCAGUGGCAUGAUCUCAGCUCACUGCAACCUCCACCUCCUGGGUUCCAGCGAUUCUCCUGCCUCAGCCUCCCAAGUAGCUGGGAUUACAGGUGCCCGCCACCACGCCCAGCUAAUUUUUUUUUUUUGUAUUUUUAGUAGAGACGGGGUUUCUCCAUGUUGGCCAAGCUGGUCUUGAACUCCUGACCUCAGGUGAUCCACCUGCCUCAGCCUCCCAAAGUGCUGGAAUUAGAGGUGUGAGCCACCACACCCAGCCUACAGCAGAUUUAUUUCAGUAGCUGAAACAGUUAAAACAGUGAUUCCAGAGGCUGAGAAGCAUGCAGAAAAAAUUGAAUCUUUAUUGCUGAUGGAAAUAUAAAACUGUAUAUACCACAUUGGAAAAUAAUUUGGCAAUUUCUUUGAAAGCUAAACACACACAGUUAGGCUUAGCAAUUGCUGUCAUGGGCUAUUUCAUAGAAAUGAAAAUUUAUGUGUAGACCAAACCUGCACUUGACUGUUCGCAGAAAUUUUAUUUGUAAUAGUCAGAACCUGGAAACAACUCACAUGUUGUUCACCAGGUAAACAGUUAAAUAAGUCUGUUAUUUCCAUAUUGUGUAAUACAACUCAAAAAUUAAAAGGAAUAAACUACUACUAUACAAAUAAGCCUUAGAUGAUUCUCAAUUCUGAAGGAAAAACCCAUUUCAAGUUGUAACAUAAUGCUUAUUUUUAUGUAUCUUAAUGUGAUGAAGUUAAAUAGUUUAGAGAACAUUGUUCGUAUUCAUCUGUUAGGGAUGGUAGAAGUUAGGGUCGUAUGUGAUUAUAAGACUAGUGGAAGGGAUACAUUUUUAAUGAUGAGUUCUGCAUUCUGAUUCAUGCAGUGGUUACAAAAAUGUAUGCAUGUGAUAAAAUGUCAUGUAAAUGUGCACAUUUCACCAAUGACAAUGUGCUGGUUGUGAUAUUGUACAAUGUUAAUGGAAAAUAUCACCACGGGGGAAAAUUGAGUGGUAUGUGUAAACGGUACUGUAUUUGCAGCAUUUUGUGAAUCUUUAACAUAAUAUGUAAAUAUGUAAAGCACCUAGAAGAAUGGUUUUAAUACAGGAGAGUAACAGCUUAUAAGCAAGAGAAAGAAAAAUGAUAAAUAAUGUGAACACUUACCAAAGGAAGGGUGGAACAGAUAAAUAAAGGACAGGGAAAAUUAUCUGGGAUGAUUCCUAAAUUCCAAUAUUUGGAUGGAACUAUACAGAAUUUUCAUAUAUCUGGAAAAUAAACUGAAAAUAUUAACGGAUCCACAGAUAUUGAAGACUUAACCUUUUUUCUCUCAUUCAUUACAAUGAGUGAAAUGUUAUAGGGAAUUCUUCAAAUUGAAAGAAGCAGCUCAUGCAUAACACAAAAACAUGAAUGUAUAAAACUGACUGGUAAAAGGUAACUCAAAUUCACAGUACUGAUAUACUGUAAUGGUGGUGUACAAAUAACAUAUAUCUUUAUUGUUAAGGUUAAUACACAAAACUUUUUUAAUGAGAUGGCUGUUGCUAUGUUGCUCAGGCUGGUCUGAAACUUCUGGGCUCAAGCAGUUUUCCCUCCUCAGCCUUCUGAUUAGAUGGUAUUAUAGGCACCUGCCAUGAUGUCCAUCUACAAAACUAUUAAUAAUUACAACAAUUUGUUUAGCCAUAUGUGAUAUAAACAUAUGUAAGGUGUGACAUCAAGAACAUAAUGGGUCACCAAAAUCUCAGAGUAAAAACACUCUGGUUUUACUCACCCCCAUAGAACCUCAGUAAUAUAUCCAGCACCAAUAUUAUCACAAGUUAUAUCCCAGAACUGAAAUCUAAGGCUGAGACAUUUCCUCAGACUACAGAGAAGUGAAAAACUUGGAGCAGAUGAUAAAAGGGUUCUUCUGUAUUUAUGAGACUCUUAUGUGCCUGCCAUCAUGUGUGGAAAAUUUUAUCGACAUUCACCAAUUCAACAUGGGAUAAAUGUGAGAUAUUGGCACACAGACAGCUUCUUCACCAUCUUGGCUUCUCUUGUUGAAAAGCUAUUAAUAGCUUAACACAUGGGAAGUAUUGUGUGUGCUUGUAGAAAGAAAAUCCCAUGAUGGCAGUGAAAGACAACUGGGCCAGUUGAGAUUCACAACUCCAGCCUGAAAAAUAAUUUUCUUUACGUCAGACAACGUAGAUGCCAAGUCAGAGUGGCUUUCAGCAGCACUAUAAUGUAGUAGGCAGAGUUCAUAGUUCUUUGCACAAAUGCCUAUACAACCUUCCUGCACAGCCAGAGGAUUGACUAUGGGACCCCUAUAUGGGAUGGGCAAUGCUCCAAAUGUUUGUGAGAGCUGAGUCAAAUCUAAAACAGGCAGCACUCACAGAUUAAGUAGUCUUGACGGGGAACUACAAAUAAUAUCUAAGAAAAUAUACUCUAGGAAGACCAAAAGAAGCUAGACAGCUGAGACUGGAAUGAAUAUAUAAUUGUUCAAUGUGAAACUAUUGGCAUACGUCUACAAGAAACAGCAGCAAGCCAAUAACCAUGACUACCCUGAACAGAGAAAGCAUGGAGCCAGUUGCCAACCCUAAUGAGAUGGAUGGUAAUGUUUGAACUCUAGAAUCGAGAAUUCAUAAAUGCAAUUUUAAGGAAAUGUAGCAAAACCCAAGAUAAUGCAGAAAAGAAAUCCAAGAAUAUAUUAGAAACUUGAAGAGAUUGAAAUAAUAUACCAAACAAAUAUUGCAAGUGAGAAAUAAUUGUUUCAACUGAAAUAAUUAUUAGAGGAUGUCAUUAGCAGAAUGGAUCAAGCAUAACAAAAUAGUGAUCUUAAAGAUAGGGUAUUGGAGAAUCUGUAGAGAUUAAAGAAAUAGAAAAGGUCUAGAGAAUAUCUACAGGAUAUAGAGAAUAACGUCCAAACAGCAAAUUAAAUAAUCAUUGGUCUUCAAGUGGUAGUUUGGGAAUAGCAAAGGCAGUAAAGCUUAUUCAAUGAAAUAACAGAAUACAUUCCAAAUGUAGAGGCAAGUACAACUAUUCAGGUACAACAAUGUUAAAGACCAAAUAGAUUCAGUUUAAGAAUACCCCAAGGUGUAUAUAUAUAUAUAAUCUCAAAAACAUACUACAAAGAGAAGGACACUGAAAACAGCAAGAGAAAAGCAAAUAACAUUGUAUACUUCCAAUUUGUUUGUUAACAGACUUCUGAUCAGAAACUGUACAUUACCAGGAAGGAGUGAAGUGACAUAAAGUGCUAAAGGAAAAAAGUUAGCCAACAAUACUGUAUCCACAAAAGAUUUCCUUGAAAGAUUGAGAGAUAACAUCGUUUACAGAAAGAAAACAUGGUGAGAAUUCAUCACUAGACUCGUCAUUCAAGAAAUGCUAAGUUCUUUAUCCUGAAGAAAAUUAUGCUAACGUCCAAAGAGAAAAAGUUUGACAUUACAAAACUCAGUGGCCAAUGCAAAUACAUAGGCAAAUUCAGAAUAAAUUAAUAUGCUUGUUUUGUGUAAGCCUCUUAUAUCCAUAAUACGAGGAGUAAGAUGCAAGUCUAUGAAAAGUAACUAUAGCAGCAUCAUAAAAUAUAGCCAAUAUAAAAAUAGACAUGAGAAAGUCAAAAUGUGGGGGAAUUGAAUUAAAGCAUAAAAUUGAUUGGCUAUUUAUACUCCUUAUGAUGAAAAUUAUUAUCGGUUUAAAAAUACUUUUAUCUAUGAGAUACUACCAAAGAAAGUCACUUAACCACAAUGGGAGAAGGAAGAAAGAAAUAAUUUGCAAAACGACAAAAAAGUACCAAUCAAAAUGUCAAUAGUGAUUUCUUAGCUAUCAAUAAUAAUAUUGAUAGGUAUUAUCUAGGAUCUCCCUACAAAGAAAAGAGAGUGGCUCAAUGGAUAUUUUAAAAAAUCAGCUGGGCGUGGUGGCUUACGCCUCUAAUCCCAGCACUUUGGGAAGCCGAGGCAGGCGGAUCACCUGAGGUCAGGAGACUAGCCUGACCAAUAUGAUGAAACCGCGUCUCUACUAAAAAAUACAACAAAAUUAGCCGGGCUUGGUGGCAUGCGCAUGUAAUCUCAGCUACUUGGGAGGCUGAGACAGGAGAACCACUUGACCCCGGGAGGUGGAGGUUGCAGUGAGCCAAGAUCACGCCAUUGCACUUCAGCCUGGGCAACGAGCGAAAUUCUGUCUCAAAAUAACAAUAAUCAGUCCCAACUAUAUGCUGCAUGUAAAAAAUUAACUUACAUAUACACAUUUACUAAAAAUGAAGGGAUGCAAAAAGGUUUCAAGUGGAAACCAAUAAAUAGCAGCUGUAUUUGUAUCAGAUAACAGAAAAUUUUCACUUAAUAUUUAUUAAGUGAAAAGGUGUAAAUAGAGACAAAAAAAGUAUUAUAUAGUAAAUACUUAUGAAGGGCCAAUUCAGGAAGAGGGUAUAAAAAUCGUAAAUAUGUAUGCAUCCUGCAGCAGAACACCAAACUGUAAGCGACCUAAAGCGAGAGAAACUGCAAUACAGUAAUAGUAGGGGACUUUAGUAACCCUUCCUCAACUCUUGUCAGUUGAGUACACAGAGGCUUAUUCCAACUGGGGGAACGAAAUAGAAGACAGUGGGAUAAUUUGCCUAGUAACCCAGGCAGUUCUACCCUUGUAUUCCCCAAGUCCACCAGUGCUGUGUAUGUGGCAGGCUUUAAGCCUGGCUGUGUUCCUGGUCCUAUGGCGCCCUCUAGUGAUGAAAUGGUUGCAGUGACCACAUUCUUAGAUAACACAAUCACGUUUAAUUUUUGGGACACCCUGUGAAGAAUGCCAGCUACGAAGUAGCAGACUACAAAGAUUGGUAUAAAUACCUAACUCUUAAAUGCCUGGACACUGGAGAACUUCCACAAACAUAAGACCAUCCAGGAGACAUGACAUCUCCAAAAGGACUAUGGGAUCUAGUUUUGGAGCGAUGUAGUUAUGUUGCCUCUCAUACAGGAAACUCAAAAUAGCUAGGAACUAUGAUCUCAAAUAUACAAAGGAAGUAGCCACUGACCGACCCUAAUGAGAAGGUGAUGUGUGUGAUGUCAGGGUAAGAAUUCAGGAGAAAUGUUUUGGGAAAAUAGCAAACACCAUGAUAAUGCAGGAAAGCAAUUCAGUAAUUUAUUAAAGAAAUGUAACAAAUACUGAAACAAUAGAUAACCAAACUGAAAUACUGGAACUGAGAAAUAAUGGCUGAAUGGACAAAUGCACCAGAAGGUCUCAACAGCAGCACUGAUCCAGCAGAACAAGAAUCAGUAUUGUUAAAGACAGGCGAUAUGAAAAUGCACAGUGAGUGCAGAAAGAAGCAAAAAGAACAAAAAAGUAUGAAGCAUGCCUACAAGGUGAAGAAAAUAAUCUUGAAAGCACAAACCUCAGAGUUACCAUUCUUAAAGAGGGAGAGUUUGGAGUUGAAAGUUUAGAGAAGUAGGCCGGGCAUGGUGGCUCACGCCUGUAAUCCCAGCACUUUGGGAGGCCAAGGUGGGUGGAUCACCUGAGGUCGGGAGUUCAAGACGAGCCUGCCCAACAUGGUGAAACCCCAUCUCUACUAAAAAUACAAAAGUUAGCUGGGCGUGGUGGCUCACGCCUGUAGUUCCAGCUACUUGGGAGGCUGAGGCACGAAAAUUGCUUGAACCAGGGAGGCAGAGGUUGCAGUGAGCUAUGUAUGUGUAUAUCCAGAUGUGAUUACCCAGGUAGAAGACAGUAAAAAACAAAAACAAGCAGAUUCAACCAAAAUAAGGCUUUGUCAAGGAAUGUAACAAUCAAAUGUUCAGAGGUGGAGAAAAAUUUAAAUGGUCCUAAAAGCUGCAAGAAAACAGAAGCAAAUAAUGUAUAAAUGAGCUCUGAUAUAUCCAGUAGUGAAGAGUUUACAGGCUAGGAGGGAGUAUGAUGACAUAUUUAGUGCAGAAAGAAAUAACCUGCCAAAUCAGAAUAUCAAAUUCAGCAAAAUAUUCUUCAAACUUGAAAAAUAAAUACUUUACCAGACACACAACAGGUGAGGAAUUUUUGUCAACAUCAGACCUGUCUUACAUGAAAUGCUAGAAAGAGUAAUUCAGUCCGAAAGGACAUUAAUGAGCAAAAAGAAAACAUCUGAAUGUUUACAACUCAUAGAAAAAGGAGGUACACAAAUAUAGAAUAAUACUGUGAUUGUGGUAUAUAAACAUUUUUAGUAGGAAGACUAAAAGGUAAUUCUAUUAAAAUUAUAACUACAAAAAUAUUAGAGAUAGAUAAACAUAACAGAUCAUAGCAUGUAGGGUGGAGAUUAAGUGUGGAGUUCUUUGGUUUUCUCUUUGCUUGUCAUUCCUUGUGACUACAGAUACUUGUUAUUAAUUUAAAAUUAUUGGUUAUAUGAUGUUUUUUUGCAAGCCACAUGACAACAACCAUGCAAAAAUCUCAGAAAAUAAAAGCAAGGAAUUAAAAUAUACUAUCAGAAAAAAACUACUUAAUGGAAUACAGGGAGGAAAGAAGAAUGGAAGAGAGGACCAACUAAGCAAAAUUUGAAAGAAUGGAAAAGGAGCAAACACUUUCAGUUUCAUUCUACAAGGCCAGUGUUUCCCUGAUAACUAAAGGAAAAGGUCUACAAACCCCCAAACAACAAUAAACCCCAGAAGGCAAAUAUGUCUGAUUCACACAGAUGGAACAAUCCAGAAGAAAAUGCUAGUAAACUGUAUUCAACAACACACUAAAAAUAUAAUUCAUACUUAUCAAGGUGGAUUAAUCUUAGGAAUGCAUGGAUUGUUCAAGCUAUGCAAAUCAAUUAGUUUUAUGUCGUAUAACAAAGUCAACAACCAUAAUGUAAUGGAUGUCCAAAAAGUAUUUUAUAAAUUUAAUAUUUUAUUAAAAAUUAUCUCAAAAUUGGGUAUAGAGUUAAGAUAUCUCAACAGACUGGCAGUUGAACUUACACUGUCCUUGUGAGCAAGGAAAAUGACAAGCAUACUGCUAGAUUUGGAAGACGUUAAAAAUGCCCAUGUUCAGCACUUUAGUUCACCAUGUUACUGGGAGUUCUAGUUAGAGCAAGUAUAAAAGAGAAACAAGGGCAUUCAUAUUAGAAAGGGAGAAUUAUAAAUAUCCCAAUAGAUACAAAUAAAAUACAUAGGAAGAAACUUAACCAAUCAAGUAAAAUGUAUCUACAAGGAGAACUAUGAGUCAUUGAUAGAAAUUGAAGAGGACACUGGUAAAUGAAAAGAUACUGCAUGUUCAUUUAGUGGGUGAAGUUAUACUGUUAAAAACCCAUACUACAUGUGGCAAUCUAUAGUUUCAAAAUGCCAGUGUUAUUUUUUCACAGAAAUAGGAACAAGACAAAGAAUAGACACAGUAAUCCUGAGCCAAAAGAACAAAGUUGGAGUCAUCACAUUACCUGACUUAAAAUUAUAUGACAAUGUAACACUAACCAAAACCGAAUGUGACUUGCAUAUAUAUACAUACACCAAUGUAACAUCUACAAACCAGAAAUCCAUGUAUUGAAACUAAACUUGGCCUAUCAGAGAGCUCCAAGAGACCAGGCUCCACAGGUUGAGUGCUGCCAGCACAAAUAUAUUUAUAGGUGUUUGUAAUCUCGCUCCUGCUGGGCCAUCACCCGUGCAAUCGUGUGCAUGAACAACGGUAACCUCGCCCCUUGUUUGUUGUUACUGGUGCGAAUGGGCACCAGCAACUCCACACCUACCAUUCUGCCCCAAGUGCAAAUGUGCACAUGGGUGGAAGCAACUAGCCUCCUCCAGGGCCUCAUAUCUUGCAGCCAGUGGCAUGAGUUCUAGCAUGGACGAUGUUAAACCCUCCUCUUCCAGUGUCCCUCCCCAUCUGACACAUGUACACGCUUCCAUGCUGUUGAGGCUAUUGGCACGAGCAAGUGAGCCUGGAUCCCACUGCCACCAACCCAAUGGAAUACUAUGGCUGCCACCCCCUAUUUGAAUACUGUGGGCAGUGUAACAGGAACACAUCAGCCCCUCCAGUUCGGCAUGUUUCUAACCUUGAGGGACAAGAGAACACAGCCUCCUUUCUUGACCCUGCUUCCCCAGAGUUAGAGCAUGCAGCCCAGGAAUCCUGAGGUGAGCCUUCGCCCCCUAAAAUCUUCCAGAAAUGAAGCCAGUCAACUGAACCCACUUUACACCUCAAUCAAAACCCAAGGGCAUUGAAGAAGAUUAAAGAAAAACGUCAUACAAAGCACAGCAUCUUCAAAGAUUGAAAGAAUAUUAGUCCACAUACAUGACAAAGAAGUACUGCAAGAACUCUGGCAGUUUGAAAAGCCAUAGUGUCUUCUAACUUCCAAAGGGCCACACUAGCUUUCUGGGAGAGGUUCUUAACCAGGCUGAGAUGGGUUAAAUGACAUAGAGGUAAAGAAUAUGGGUAUGAAUGAAGAUCAUUGAGAUUCAGGAGAAAGUUGAAACCUAAUCUAAGGAAUAUAAGAAACACAAUAAAACAAUACAGAUGUUGAAAACUGAAAUGUCCAUUUUAAAAUCUGGUAGAGCUGAAAAGCACACUACAUAAUUACAUAAUGUAAUUGGGAGGAUUAACAGAAUAGAUGAAGCUAAGGAGAAUCACAGAGCUCUAAGACUAGUUGAAUUAGCUGUCAGACAAAUAUUUUAAAAAGAAUUUAAAAACUAAACAAAAUCUCUAUGAAAUAUGGCAUUCAAACCUAUGAGUCACUGACAUUCCUGAAAGAGGCAAAGAAAGCAAGCAACUUUUUCGUUUAUUGUCCAUCAGUUUUUCCGCAACCUUGCUAGAGAGGCCAAAAUUCAAAUUCAGGAAAUUCUGAGAACACUGCAAAAUACUGUCCCCCAGACAGUUAUCAGAUUGAAAUGAAAGAAAAUGUCCAAAACAACUACAGAGAAGGGCCGGGUAAACUACAAAGGGAAGCCCAUCAGGCUAACAGCAUACCUUUCAGCAGAAUCCCUAGAAGCCAGACAAUAUGGAUGCCUAUAUUCAGCGUUUUUAAUACGAAGUGAUUCCAACCAGCAAUUUCAUAUUCAGCCAAAUUAAGCUUUAUAGGUGAAGGAAAAAUAAGAUCCUUUACAGGCAAGGAAGUGCCAAGGCAUUUCAUUACCACCAGACCUGCCUUACCAGAGGUCCUUAACUGAGUGCUCAACAUGGAAAGGAAUGACCAUUACUGGCCACCAAAAAAGCACAUUUAAAUAGACAGACCACUGACACUAUAAAGCAAAUGCACAAUUAACCAGCAACCAGCUAAUAGUAAUACAGAAUCAAAUAUACACAUAUCAGUGUUAAGUUUGAAAUUAAAUAGGCUACUGUCCUAAUAAAUGAUAAAGAGAGGCAAGUUGGAUAAAAAAGAUUGAACUGUAUGCUGUCUUUCUGAAACCCAUUUCAGAAGUAAUGGCACCCAUUGACUCAAGGUAAAGAUAUGGAGAAAAUUCUACCAAGCAAACACAAAAAAGGAGGAGGGACAGAUUGCUAUUGUAACUUCAUAAAAAAUAGACUUUAAAACAGCAAUUAUCAAUAAGGACAGAGAAAGAUAUAAUCGUAAAGGGUUCAACUCAACAAGAGCUAACUAUAUACGCACUGAACACAGGAUCAUGCGUGUUCGUAAAAGAAGUUCCUACAGACCUACGAAGAGACUUAGAUAAGCAGACAAUAAGAGUGGGAAACUUCACCACCCCAUUGACACUAUUAGAUCACUGAGGCUAAAAGCUAACAGAUAUUUUAGUCCUAUACUUGACACUUGACCAAAUGGACCUAUCAGACAUCCAUACUAAUGUCCACCCAAAACCACCAAGUACACAUUCUUCUCUUCUGCACACGGUACAUACUCUACAGUUGACUACACAGUGGGUCAUAAAACAAUCCUCACCAAAUUCAAAUAACAGCAAAAUCAUACUAAACAAAUCUUUGGACCACAGCACAAUAAAAAUAGAAAUCAACACAAAGAAGAUUACUCGCCGGGCGCGGUGGCUCACGCUUGUAAUCCCAGCACUUUGGGAGGCCGAGGCGGGCAGAUCACGAGGUCAGGAGAUCGAGACCACGGUGAAACCCCGUCUCUACUAAAAAUACAAAAAAUUAGCCGGGCGUGGUGGCGGGUGCCUGUAGUCCCAGCUACUCGGAGAGGCUGAGGCAGGAGAAUGGCGUGAACCUGGGAGGCGGAGCUUGCAGUGAGCCGAGAUCGCGCCACUGCACUCCAGCCUGGGUGACAGAGCGAGACUCCGUCUCAAAAAAAAAAAAAAAAAAAAGAUUACUCAACACUAUACAAUUACAUGGAAAUUAAGCAACUUGAUCCUUAAUUAUGUUGGUAUAAAUAAUGAAGUUAAGGCAGAAAUGGACAAGUUCAAUAUCUCAAUUUAACAAGCUAAUAUAACAAACAGAGGAAUUAGAAAAUGAGUAAACUAAUUCCAAAGCUAGCAGCAGACAAGAAAUAACGAACCAGUUUUGAAAUUGAAUCAGUAAUAGGUUUUUAUCCCUACCAACCCUACCUGGACCUGAUGGAUUUAUGGCUGAAUACAACCAGAUAUGUAAGAAAGAGCUGGUGAAAUUCCUAGUUACACUAUUCCAAAAUAUCAAGGAGGAAGGACUCCUCCCUUAAUCAUUUUAUGAAGCCAGCAUGAUCCUGAUACCAAAACUUGGCAGAGACACAACACAAACUUGAGACGAAUAUCGUUGAUGAACUUAAAAGGAAAAAUUCUCAAGAAAAUACCAGCAAACCUAAUCCAGUUGCAUAUCAGAAAGCAAAUUCCCCAUGAUUAAGGAGGCUAUAUUUGUGUGAUGCAAGGUUGGUACAACAUACAGAACUUAGGAAAAAAAAUGUGAUUUAUCACAUAAGCAGAGCUAAAACCAUGAUCAUCUCUAUAGAUGCAGAAACUAUUUAUUUAACAUUACUUCAUGUUAUGAACCCUCAACAAAUUAGGCAUUGAAGAAACAUAUCUCAAAAUAAUGACUUAUCUGUUACAAACUCACAGCCAACCUCAUAAUCAACUGGCAAAGGUUGGAAGCAUUCCUUUUAUGACCAGAGCAAGUCAAGGAUGCUCAGUUUGACCACACCUAUUCAACAUAUUACUGGAAGUUCUACCUAGAGCAAUCAGUUAAUAGAAAAGGCAUCCAAAUAGGAAAAGAAGUAAAACUAUCUCUGCAGACAACAUGAUUUUAUACAUAGAAAACCUCAAAGCCCCAAAGCUCCUAGAUUAGAUACAAAACUUCAACAAAGUUUCAGUAUAAAAAGCCAGUCUGUAACUUAGCAUUUCUAUACAGCACCAACAUCAAAGCUCAGAAUUGAAUCAGGAAUGCAAACCCAUUCACAAUAGCCACAAAAAGCAUAAAUCACCCAGGAAUACAUUUAACCAGGAAGGUGAAAGAUCACUAUAAGGAGAAUUACAAAACACUACUGAAGGAAAUCAUAGAUGACAUAAAUAGGAAGAAAUGACAUUGUUAAAAUGGCCAUAAUCCCCAAAGCAAUUUAUACAUAACUUGCUAUUCAAACUACCAAUGACAUUCUUUGCAGAAUUGAUAAAACCUUUAAAAAUUCAAAUGGAGUGAAAAAGUCCUAAUAGCCAAGGCAAUUCUAGACCAAAAACAAACUUGGAGGCAUAACAUUACCUGAAUUUGAAAGUAUUCUACAAGAUUACAGUAACCAUAACAGCAUGGUACUGGUAUAAAAAUAGACAUGGAGGCCAAUGGAGCAGAAUAUAGAACACAAAGCUCUACACCAACAGCCAUCUGCUUUUCAACAAAGUUGACAAAGCAAGCAAUGAAGACAGGACUUCCUGUUCAAUAAAUGGUGCUGGCAUAACUGACUAGGUAUAUAUUCAAGGUUGACACUGGACCCCUUCCUUACAUUACAUAUAAUGACUCAAUAUAGAUUAAGGGCUUAAAUGUAAAAUAUAGUACCAUAAAAAUGCUAAAAUAUAGCUUAGGAAAUACCAUGCUGAACAUAGGUUCUGAAAAAUAUUUAUGAUGAAGACUCCAAAUGCAAUUACAGCAAAAACAAAAAUUGACAAAUAGAAACUAGUUAAACUACAGAGAUUCUGCACAGCAAGAGAAUCUAUCAAUGGUGAACACAAUGUACACAAUGGGAGAAAUAUCUGCAAAUUAUGCAUCUGACAAAGUUCUAAUAUCCAGAAUUUAUAAGCUACUUAAAUUCAUGGGGAGAAAACCACAUUGAAAAUAUGAAAAAAGUACAUAGACAUUUUUUCAAAGGAAGACAUACAUACAGCUAGGAGUCAUAUGACAAAAUGCUCAACAUCACUAAUCCAUAGAGAAAUGCUAAUUAAAACCACAAUGCAAUUCUGUCUUACACCAACCAGAAUGGCUAUUACUAAAAAGUCAAAAAUAGUAUGUUGUUGAAUCUACAGAUAAAAGGGAAUGCUUAUGGAUUACUCGUUGAAUUGUAAAUUAUUUCAUCCAUGAUUUUGCCAAGAACAAGAACAAGGACAUCAAACAGAAAUACCAUUUGAUGCAGGAAUCCCAUUAUUGGUUUUAUACCAAAAGGGGUAUAGAUUUUAGGACCAUAAAGACACAUGAAUGUGCAUGUCAACUGGAGCACUCUUUAUAAUAGUGAAGAUACGAAGUGAAGCUUAACACCCACUGAUGGCUGACUGUAUGAAGAAAACAUACAUAUACACCAUGGUACGCUGCAACAUCAUAAAAAAGAAUGAGAUUAUGUUAUUUGCACCAACAUGGUUGUUGAAGUAUUUUGAAAAUACGUGGCAGCAAUGUCAAAUCAUCAGAAGAAAAGGAAUGAUAUGAUUUUGUAAAUCGGCAAAUAGAGUAGCCAUUUCUCCAAAGAAUACACAAACAUGACCAAGAAGUAACUGAAAAAAAACCACAAGUCAAAACCACAAUGUGAGAUUCUCUCGCUGCAGUUAAAAUAGUUAUUAUCAAAAGGACAAAUAAUACUGUCAAGCAAGAAGGCAAAAGGGAUCUCUGAUAACACUGUUGGGGGAGUCUCGCUCUGUAUUCCAGGCUGGUGUGCAGUGGCAUGAUCUUGGUUCACUGCAACUUUUGCCUUCCAGAUUCAAGCAAUUUUCCUGCCCCAGCCUCCCAAGUAGCUGGGAUUACAGGCAUACACCACCACACCUAGCUAAUUUUUGUAUUUUUAGUAGAGGCAGAGUUUCACCAUGUUGGCCAGGCUGGUCUCGAACUCCUGACCUCAGGUGAUCCACCUGCCUCAGCCUCCCAAAGUGCCAGGAUUACAGGUGUGAGCCACCAUGCUCAGCCAAUAUUCAGGGUUUUCUAAAACCAAUUAGUUGAGAAAACUACCAUACUAUUCAGCAUUUCUUCCAUGGGCUACAUCCAAAAGAAGGGAUGUAAAUAUAUUGAAGAGAUAGCUGCACUGAUAUGUUUCUGGCAGUAUUUACAAUCACUAGGAUAUAGAAUCACUCUGUGUGUCCAUCAGUUGAUGAAUGGAUAAAGAAAGUGUGGUAUGUAUACACAAUAGAAUGAAUAUUCAGUCAUACUUAAGAAUGACAUCCUGUCACUUGCAACUACAUGUAUGGAACAGUAGAACAUAAUAAGUAAAAUAAGCCAGGCAUGGAAAGACUGUGUAUUCUCACUCAUUUGUGGUAGGUACAAAGAACCUAUGGAUUUAGAGGGUGGAAUGACGGUUAUCAGUAAUGGGUUGAUGUGUUAGGAAAAGGAAAUAAGGAGGGUAUGGUUAAGGAGUACAAAAUGCCAUUUGAAAGUAGGAAUAAGAUCUGUUUUGUGGGAGAACAAUAGGACAGCUAUAGUAAAUAAUUAUUGUAUACUUGAAAAUAAUUACAAGAGUAGAAGUUGAUUGUUCCUAACACAGAGAAAUGAUAAAUGCUCAAGGUAAUGUGUAUCUCCAUUACUUUGUUUUGAUUGUUGCACAUGACACACUUGUAUUGCAAUAUCAUGUGUCCCAUAUAUAUAUACAUAUACAUAACUAUCAUGUACCAAUAAUAUUUAAGCAUAUGUGAUUUUUAUAAACAAGUGAACUAGUUAGGGGUAGAUAAAUCCAAAAUAAAAACAAGCAUAAAUCCAUAUAUAACAAGUCUACAGCUAAUAUAAUGAACAAUUGAAAUUCCUUCCUCUAAUAUCUAGAACAGGAUAGGAUGCCCACUUUCACCACUUUUAUUCCACAUAACAUUCUAUACAGAGCUAUUAGGCAAGUGAAAGAAAUAAUGGGCAUCCAAAUGAAGAGAAGUUAAAUAAUAUUGCUGCAGGAUUCUAAGGAGCAAUACAGAAAUUUGUAGCAUUUACAUUUGCCAACAGUGAAAAAUCUGAAAAAGAACUCAAGAAAGCAAUCUCAUUUGGAAUCUCUACAAAAAAAUCAAAUAGUCAAACUUUUGAAGUCAUGAAACAUCCCUACAAGGUAUUGGGGGAACCGGCCCCCAAUAUUUCAAUGUAGGUUCUUUUCUAUUUUUCCUAAGUGUUGGCCGGUCUGAGAAAUAAAGGGAAAGAGUACAAAAGAGAGAAAUUUUAAAGCUGGGUGUCUGGGGAAAACAUCACAUGUCGGCAGGUUCUGUGAUGCGCCCUGAGCCACAAAACCAGCAAGUUUUUAUUAGUGAUUUUCAAAGGGGAGAGAGUGUACAAAUAGAGUGUGCAUCACAGAAAUCACAUGCUUCAAAGGCAAUAAAAUAUCACAAGGCAAAUGGGCAGGGCAAGGUCACAAGGCCAGGGCGAAACUAGAAUUGCUGAUGAAGUUUCAUGGCCCACUUUGCAUGCAUUGUCAUUGAUAAACAUCUUAACAGGAAACAGAGUUCAAGAGCAGAGAACCGGUCUGACUAGAAUUCACCAGGCUGGAAUUUCCUAAUCCUAGCAAGCCUGGGGGUGCUGCAGGAGACCAGGGCGUGUUUCAUCCCCAUCUACAACUGCAUAAGGCAGACACUCCCAGAGCGGCCAUUUUAGAGGCCUCCCCCUGGGAAUGCAUUUUCCCAGGGCUGUUAAUUAUUAAUAUUCCUUACUGGGGAAAGAAUUCAGCGAUAUUUCUCUUGCCCAUUUUUGGCAAUAAGAGAAAUAUGACUGUCCUGCCCGGCUCCCAGGCAGUCAAACCUAAUGGUUAUCUCCCUUGCUCCCCAAACAUCGCUGUUAUCCUGUUCUUUUUUUCAAGGUGCCCAGAUUUCAUAUUUUUCAAAUACACAUGCUUUACAAACAAUGUGUGUAGCUAAUGCAAUCAUCACAGGGUCCUGAGGCGACAUACAUCCUCAGCUUAUGAAGAUGAUGGGAUUAAGCGAUUAAAGACAGGCAUAGGAAAUUAUAAGAGUAUUGAUUGGGGAAGUGAUAAAUGUCCAUGAAAUCUUCACAAUUUAUAUUUAGAGAUUGCAGUAAAGUCAGGCAUAAGAAAUUAUAAAAGUAUUAAUUUGGGGAACUAACAAAUGUCCGUGAAAUCUUUACAAUUUAUGUUCUGCUGUGGUUUCAGCAACAAAAAGGAAAACAUUGAUAAUGGAAACUGAAUAGGACACAAUGAAAUGGGAAAUUAUUCAUAAUUAAAAUAACAUUACUGCCUAAAGCAGUCUGCAGAUUAAUUCUUUUUGUAUCGAAAAUCAAUGAUAUUCCUUAUAGAAAUAGAAAAAGAAUUCAUAAAAUUCAUAAGACCACAGGAGACACUGAGUAUCAAAAGUAAUCCUGAGGAAAAAGCAAAGAUGAAGACAUCAUACUACUUCAAAAGAUACUACAAUGUCAUUGUAAACACAAUGUGAUGAUAUUGGCAUGAUAUACACGUAGAUCAGUGGGAUGAAAUCGAGAACCCAGUGAUAAAUCCAGACAUUUACAAAAAACUCAUUUUUAAAAAUCACCAUAAAUAUACGUUGUGGAAAGGAUAGUGCUUUCAAUGAAAGUUGCUGGGAAAACUUGGUAAUCAUAUGCAGAAGAAUGAAUCUUACCAUAUGUAAAAAUAAUAUGGGUUAAGUGCUUAUGUCUGAAACUAUAAAAAGUGGUAGAUAAAAUCUUUGUAUAAAUGCUUCUGGAUAUUUGUCUAGGCAAAGAUUUUUUGGCAAGCUCUGAAAAGCAGAGGCAAUGAAAGCAAAAACAGACAUAAGUUCAUACAUCUAGCUAAAAUGCUUUUGCACGAUGGAGGUAACAAAAUAGUGAAACCAAAAUUGUAACGGGAAAAAACCUGACAACUAUGUUUUUUACAGGGAUGAGAAUAUAUAUUCACAUCAUCAGAAGGCAAGCAAAUAAUCCGAUUUUAAAGGAUAGAUUAAAAGAAGGCAUAAGUUGCCAAGAGGUAUAUGUAAAAAUUUUCAUCGUCACUAAUCAUCAUGGAAGUGCAAUUUCAAGCCACAAUGGAAUGUUGUGCAAUUAAAACAAAUACCUAAAAGACAAAUAACAGAUGGUGGUGAGCAUGCAUACAAUUGGUUAUGCUCAUAUACUGUUUCUGAGAAUGUAAAUUUGUAUAGCCAUUCUUGAAAACAGUAUUGUGUUGUCUCAUAAAACAAAUGAUGUAACCACUAUACUGUGUCAAUUCCACUGCUCAAUAUUUAUCACAAUGAAAGGUAUCAGUAUAUUAGGGGGAUAUUUUCAUCCAUGUCCUUGUUGCAGCUCUAUUCACAAAAGCUUUUGAAUUAACCUGAAAGUUCAUCAAGGGAUGCAUGGAAAAUGGCAAUAUUAUAUAUAUGCACUAUUGAAAAUUAUUCAUUAAAAGGAAUGAAAUCAUAUCACUUUCAGUAAUAUGACUGGAAUUGGAGGUCAUUAUGGUAAGUGAAAGAAGCCAAACACAAAAAAAUAAACACUGCAUGUUCUCACGUAUAUGUUAAAAUAUAAAAUAGUUGAUCUGGUUGGUGUGCAGAGUUGAUUGCUGGUUACUGAAUGAUCUUCUAUUCAAAGGGGGAAGACAACAAUUUUGACUAAUGAGUACAAAAACAAGUAGAAUAAAUAAGUCCUAAUAUUUGAUAGUUCAGUAAGGCGACAACAGUAAACAGUAUUUCAUGUUAUUGUUUAAGCUUGCUGAAACAGAGGAAUUAUAAUGUUCCUAACAUAAAAAGAGACUAAUGUUUGGGGUGGUGCACGUUUCAACUACCCUAGUUCAAUUACUACUGACUGUAUGCAUGUAUCAAAAUAUCACAUGUACCCUCUAAAAUGUACAACUUUUAUAUAUCCAGGUGAAUAUUCAAAAUUCAGAGAUUAGUAUGAAAAUGUUACAGCUUAUUUUUCCAUCAAAAUUGUUAUUAAAAUAGCUUAUCAGAUGUUUUUGUUGUCUCAUGGAACCACCAAAUAUCUAUAGUAGAUACACAAAAAAUAGAAAGUAAGACAUUUUAGAACACCACAAGAUACAAAUAGUUACAAGAUAGUGGGAGAGUAAAAAAAUGAAGGAAGGAUCUAGUAAUAAACAAGAAAGCAAUUUACAAACUAUAUUUCUUUAAAUAUUAACAAUAUUUUGAAUGUAAAUGGAAUAAAUUCUUCAUUCAAAAUAGAGUAGCAGAAUGGAUAUUAUAAAAUACUGCCUAUAAGACACUCACUUCACUUGUAAGGACACAUGGACUGAAAAUAAUGGGAUGAAAAACUAUUGUAUAGAAAUCGAAAGCAAACGAGUAUCAGUAGCUAAACUUAUUCCAUUAAACUAUACAUGAAGCCAGAAACCAUAAAAUUUGGGAAAUAAGUUUAUUACAUAAUGGUAAAAGGGGUUAAUUCAGGAAGAGGUUAUAGUAAUUGUAAAUACAUAUGCACCCAAAACAGAAGUGCCCAAUCAUAUAAAACAAAUAUAAUAAGUUCUGAGCGGACAGAUAGAUUGCCAUACAAUAAUAGUAGGGGACUUAAGUACUGAAGUUUCAGCAAUGGGCAGAUCAUCUGGAUCUGACUUACACUACAUCUGGCUCACACUACACUUUAUGCCAAAUAAAGCAAGCUGACAUAUACAGAAUACUUCGUCUAACAGCAGCACAAUCUACAUUCUUCUCUACAGAAGAUGGAUCUUUGCGUAGGCCUUAUGUUAGGAAUCAAGACUCGUUUUAAAUUUAAUAAUAUAGAAAUUAUACCACAUUUUUAAGCACACUGCAUGAACCUAGGAACUAUUAGUAGAAUGAACAUUAGAAUGUUCACAAGCACAUAGAAAUUAAACAAUAUGCUUUUGAAUAAUGAAUGGGUGAAUCAUUAAAUCCAAAUGGAAGUUAAAAAAUAUUUUGACAAAUGAAAGAUGAAACACAAGACACCAAUAUUUGUGAUACCAGAAAAGUAAUUUAAAAAUAACCUUAUGUUACACCUGAAGCAACUAUUAAUAUAAUGGGAAGAACAGUCUAAAUUUUAUAGAAGGAAGCAUAUAAUAAAGAGCAGCGUAGAAUAAAUGAAAAAAUUUGUACUCAUACAACGUAUGCAAAUCCAGUCAUGAGAAAGAAUAUCUGAAGAGACCAAUAAGAAGUAAAUUGUAUCCAUAAUAAAAAUCUCCUAUCAAAUAUAUGCCCAUCGUGCUUCACUGGUAAUUUCUGCCAAACCUAAUUCCACUUUAUAUUAAGAGGAUUAUUCGCCAUGUUCAAAUGGGAUUUGUCCCUGUGAGGCAAGGAUGUUUUAAAUAGUCUUAUAAAGGAGGAGGGACACUGCCAUUCGAUCAUCUCAAUAGAUUUAAAAAUAAAACAGUUUUAUAGAAUUUGAUAUAAUAAAAGCUGUCAACCAAUUAGGCAUAGAAGGAAUGUAUCUUUAUACCAUAUAGGCAGUAAAUGAAAUACCCACAACUAACAUCACAAUAAAUGAAGAAAACAUGAAAUAUUUUCUUCAGAGGUGAAGAAGACAAUUAUGCCUACUCUCAGCACCUCAUUCAACCUAGUUUAGGAUGUUCUAGCCAGUACAGUUAGGCAAGAGAAGGAAAUUAAAGGCAUUCAGAUUGGAAAAGAGGGAAGCAAAUUGGGCCUGUGUGGAGAUGACCUGAACUUAUGUAUAGAAAAUACACUCUCCCGGCCGGGCGCUGUGGCUCACGCCUAUAAUCCCAGCACUUUGGGAGGCCAAGGUGGGCGGAUCAUGAGGUCAGGAGAUCGAGACCAUCCUGGCUAAAACGGUGAAACCCCGUCUCUACUAAAAAAAAUACAAAAAAAAAAAAAAGCCUGGCGUGGUGGCGGGCGCCUGUAGUCCCAGCUACUAGGGAGGCUGAGGCAGGAGAAUGGCAUGAACCUGGGAGGCAGAGCUUGCAGUGAGCCGAGAUGGUGCCACUGCACUCCAGCCUGGGCGAAAGAGCAAGACUCUGUCUCAAAAAAAAAAAAAAAAGGAAAAAGACAAUACACUCUCUCCUUAAAACCUUUUGGAAGUGAUAAAGAAAUUCAGUAAAAUUGCGUAAUACACAACAGACAUACAAAAACCUGUAGCAUUUCUAUAUCCCACCAGUGGGUAAUUUCAAAAAGAAAACAAGAAAUGAGUGUCAUUGACAAUAGCUUACAAAAGUACCAAGGAAGAGAUUUGAACAAGCCAAAGAUUUCUGUAAUGAAAACUUUAAAAAAUAAUUCGUUUUGUAAUAAAAGCAUUGAAGGAAGAAAUUGACACAAAUGAGUAGAAAUAUAUUUUAUAUUUAUGGGUUAGAAUAAUUUAUAUCUUAAGAUAUAUAUACUACUCAAAGCAAUCUAUUGAUCUGUGCAUCCCUAUUAAAUUUCUGAUGUUAUGUUAGUUUUGCCUGUAAACAGAAGAAAGUAAUUCUAAAAUUUGUAUGGAGCAACAAAAAUCUUAAAUGAAAAAAUACUGAAGAAAAUGAGGAGAUCCAGGGUAAUUGAAGUAUCUGGCUUCAAUAUAGACUACAAAAUUAUGGUAACCAGAACAGCAUUGUCUGGCAGAAGACAGACACAGACACAACUGGAACAGAGUAGAAAGGAAAUAAACUAAAACUCCUACACGAUAACUGAUUUUUUACAAACUUGCCAGAAGCACACUUCAGGGAAAAUAAAACAUUUACCGUGUAAAUGGUACUAGGAAAAUUUGAUAAUUACAUGCAAAAGAAUUAGAUUGGAAGUCUACAUCUAAAAAUACACAAAAAUUAACUCCAAAUUGAAUAAAGAGUUAAAUGUAAAAUUGGAAACUAUGAAACUUCUUGAAGAAAAUGGGGGAAAUGAUUCAUGAUAUUUUGCUGGGCAAGGAUUUAGAAAUGAGACCUGAACUUUUCAGGGAAUAAAAGGAAAAAUAACCAAAUGAGAGUACAUCAAAGUUUAAAGCUUUUGCACAGCAAAAGAGUAUUAAAAGAGUGAGGAGUCAAUUUACAGUAUUGGAGAAAAUAUCAAUUUAUAGUAUUGGAGAAAAUAUUUGCAAACAGUACAUGUGACAAAGAGUUAAGAAGAUAUAACUAACGUAAUUCAAUAGCAAGAAAAAAGUAAUAUGAAUUUUAAAAAAUUGGCAAAAAUUGCUGGCUCCUGCACUCCUGGAACCUUCACUACCCAGAUCCAGGCAGCCUUCCGGGAGCCACAGCUUGUGGCUACUGACCCCAAGGCUGACCACCAGCCUCUCACGGAGGCAUCUUAUGUUAACCUACUUACCAUUGCUCUGUGUAACACAGAUUCUCCUCUGCAAUAUGUGGACGUUGCCAUCCCAUGCAACAAUAAGGGAGUUCACUCAGUGGGUUUGAUGUGGUGGAUGCUGGCUCGGGAAGUUCUGCGCAUGCGUGGCACCAUUUCCCGUGAACACCUGUGGGAGGUCAUGCCUGAUCUCCAUUUCUACAGAGAUCCUGAAGAGAUUGAAAAAGAAGAGCAGGCUGCUGCUGAAAAGCCAGUGACCAAGGAGGAAUUUCAGGGUGAAUGGACUGCUCCAGCUCCUGAGUUCACUGCUACUCAGCCUGAGCCUGUCACGGAAGACUGGUCUGCAGCUCCAACUACUCAGGCCACUGAAUGGGUAGGAGCAACCACUGAAUGGUCUUAAGCUGUUCUUGCAUGUUAAGCAACAUGGAAAAAUGGUUGUUGGAAAAUAAACAUCAGUUUCUAAAAGUUGUGGAAAAAAAAAAUUUGCAAAAGACCUGAAUAGACAUUUUUGAAGGGAAUAAAUACAAAUGACCAACAUGUACAUGAAAAAAUGCCCAGUAUCACUAAUAUUCUGGAAAACACAAAUCCAAAUCCACAAGAAAAUACCACUUCCAGUUAGAAUUGCUAAUCAAAAAGACGAAACCACUAUUGGUGAGGGAGUGGACAAAUCAGAAUAUUUACACACUGUCGCUGUGAUUGUUAAUUAGUGUAGCCAAUGUGGAAAAUAGUUGGGAGGUUUCUUAAAAAUUAUAAACAGAACUAAUUCAUGAUUCCAGAAUCCUCCUAUCAAGCAUAUGCUCAAAGAUAAUAAGAUAUCUGUACUGCCAUAUUUAUUGUGGUAGUAUUUACAGUGGCUAGGAUAUGGGAUUAACCUAAGUGUCCCACAGUGGGUAACAGUCAAAGAAAAUGUUAUAUAUUUAUACACAAAGUACAUACUUUCCAGCCAUAAAAAAUAAUGAAAUCCUGUAAUUUGCAAUAACAUGAAUAAAUUUUGAAGACGGCAUUUUAACCGUAAUAAGCUAGAUACUGAAUGACUAAUGCUGUAUUAUCUUACUCAUAUGGAUACUAAGAAAAUAAAAAUUUGAUAUCCUAAAGUCAGAGAGUAGAACUGUGGUUACAAUAGACAGGGGAGGGGCCUUUGAUUUGGCCAUUAGGUACAGAGUGACAAUUAGAAAAGACUAGUAAAUUUUUCUGUUCUUUCACACACUAUCAUGAUUAUGGUUAAAUGUAAAAUACUGUAUAUUUCAAAAGAGUUAGAACAGAAACUUUUCAAUGUUUUCACCACAAAGAAAUGAUAACUGCAUGUGAUUGGAUUAAUAUGCAACCUAAAUACAUACAAAAACAUCACACUGAAUUCAAUAAAUACAUGCAAUUAUAAUUUUGAGAUAGUUAAUGAAAAAGAAAAUUUAAAAAAUUAUGACAAGCAGAGGCCAAUAUCUAUGAUGAACAUAGACACACAGAUCCUCUACAACAAACUAGCAACCUGAACUCAACAGUGCAUUAAACAUUUUAUUUUUCAUAAUCAAGUGAUAUUCAUCCCAGUGAUGCAAAAAUGAUUGUACAUAUGGAAAUUAAUGUUAUGCAUUACACUAACAGAACAAAGGAUUAAAACCAUAUGAUCAUCUCAGUCAAUAUCAUAAAAGCAUUUGAGAAUAUUUAUAAUUUUUUCAUGGUAAAAACUCAAACAUUUAGGCACAGAAUUGGGUCUCCCUAUUCCCUGAGACAGAACCACAUUGAAAAUAGGACAAACAGUAACCCUGAAAUGGCCUCUAACAAUGAUUAAACUUGGUGAGGAAGGAAUGUUGAAGGCUGAGUGGCUGAAAUCUAGGCCAAUAGUGCAAUAAAUCCCAUGAUUUUAAAACCUAGAGCUAACGUUAUUCAGAGGGGAAAACAAAAGCUUUACCUCGAAUACAAAACACAUCACAAAUGCCCAAUCUCAUCACUUGCAUUCAACGUAGUACUGGAAGUUUUCACCACAGCAAUAAGGCAAGAAAAUAAAAAGCAUUUAACUUGGAAAGAGUUAUUUUUUAUUUAUUUUUUUACAGAUGACAUGAUCAUAUGUACAGAAAACUCUUAAGAAUUUGACCAAAAACAGGUCUACAAAAGGAAUUAAAUAUCAUUGGAGGAUACAAAUGCAACAAAAACAAAUUAGUAAUGUUUCUAUAAUGAAACAGCAAGCUAUCUGACACAAAUCAAGAAAACAAUCCCAUUUACAAUAUCUAACAAAAAAUAAAAUAUUUAGAAUUAAAUUACCCAAGGAAUUGUAAUGCCUACAAACUAAAUAUUAAAAAUUUUUACUUUUAUUGCAUGUGGCUUUCUUAUGUUUCUCAGAUAUCAUGGUGGGUUUUUCUUUUUUUAAACCCACCCAUGUGGCAACCCUCCAUCCAGCAAGUCAGUUGGUGCCAUUUUUUCCAGCAGCAUUGUGUUGACUUUGUGUCUCUAUACCACAUUUUGUUAAUUUUCCACUUUUCUUUAUUAUUGUUAGGUAUAGUAAGUGAACUUUCUUCAGAAUUCUUAUUACCGUUUUUAUUAUGAUAUUGAACUAUGAAUCUCACUUAUGUAAAAUCAUGAACUUAAUCAGCAAAUAUUGUGUUUGUUCUGACUGCUUUUCUGAUGAGUUGUUACCUCAUCUUGUUUCUCCACCAAGGGUGCAUAUAUAUUUAGGAGUUACCUCAGGGAUAUUGGCCUGAAAUUUUCUUUUUUUGUUGUGUCUCUGCCAGGUUUUGGUAUUGGGAUGAUGCUGGCCUCAUAAAAUGAGUUAGGGAGGAGUCUCUUUUUCUAUUGUUUGGAAUAGUUUCAGAAGGAAUGGCACCAGCUUCUCUUUGUACCUCUGGUAGAAUUCGGCUGUGAAUCCGUCUGUUCCUGGAAUUUUUGUGGUUGGUAGGCUAUUACUGCCUGAAUUUCAGAACUUGUUUCUGGUCUAUUCAGGGAUUUGACUUCUUCCUGGUUUAGACUUGGGAGCGUGCAUGUGUCCAGGAAUUUAUCCAUUUCUACUGGAUUUUCUAGUUUAUUUGCAUAGAGUUGUUUAUAGUAUUAUCUGAUGGUAAUUUGUAUUCCUGUGGGAUCAGCGGUGACAUCAUUUUAUCAUUUUUUAUUGCAUCUAUUUGAUUCUUCUCUCUUUUCUUGUUUAUUAGUUUGGCUAGUAGUCUAUUUUGUUGAUCUUUAAAAAAAAAAACCAGCUCCUGGAUUCACUGAUUUUUUGAAGGUUUUUCCUGUCUCUAUCUCCUUCAGUUCUGCUCUGAUCUUAGUUAUUUCUUGUCUUCUGCUAGCUGUUGAAUUUGUUUGCUCUUGCUUCUCUAGUUUUUUAAAUUGUAAUUUUAAGGUGUCAAUUUGAGAUCUUUCCUGCUUUUCUUGUUGACAUUUAGUGCUAUAAAUUUCCCUCUUAACACUGCUUUAGCUGUGUCCCAGAGAUUCUGGUACGUUGUGUCUUUGUUCUCAUUGUUUUCAAAGAAUAUCUUUAUUUUUCUGCCUUAAUUUCAUUACUCACCCAGUAGUCAUUCAGGAGCAGGUUGUUCAGUUUCCAUGUAGUUUUGUGGUUUUGAGUGAGUUUCUUAAUCCUGAGUUCUUUUUUGAUUGCACUGUGGUCUGAGAGACUUAUGAUUUCCAUUCUUUGGCAUUUGCUGAGGAGUGUUUUACUUCCAGUUAUGUGGUCAAUUUUAGAAUAAGUGCCAUGUGGUGCUGAGAAAAAUGUAUAUUCUAUUGAUUUUUGGUUGAGGGUUCUGUAGAUGUCUAUUAGUUCUGCUUGGUCCAGAGCUGAAUUCAAGUCCUGAAUAUUCUUGUUAAUUUUCUGUCUCAUUGAUCUGUCUAAUAUUGACAGUGGGGUGUGAAAGUCUCCCACUUUUGUGUGGGAAUCUAAGUCUCUUUGUAGGUCUCUAGGAAUUUGCUUUAUGAAUCUGGGUGCUCCUGUAUUGAGUGCACAUAUAUUUAGGAGUUACCUCUUCUUGCUGCAUUGAUCCCUUUACCAUUAUGUAAUGCCCUUUUUUGUCUCUUUUGAUCUUUGUUGGCUUAAAGUCUUUUUUAUCAGGGACUGGGAUUGCAACCCCUGCCUUUUUUUUUUUUUUUUUUUUUUUUUUUUUUGCUUUCCAUUUGCUUGGUAAAUAUUCCUCCAUCCCUUUAUUUUGAGCCUAUGUGCAUCUUUGCACAUGAGAUGGGUCUCCUGAAUACAGCACACCAAUGGGUCUUGAUUGUUUAUCCAAUUUGCCAGUCUGUGUCUUUUCAUUGGGGUAUUUAGCCUGUUUAUGUUUAAGGUUAGUAUUGUUGUGUGUGAAUUUGAUCCUCUCAUUAUGAUGCUAGCUGGUUAUUUUACACAUUAAUUGACGCAGUUUCUUCAUAGUGUCGAUGGCCUUUACAAUUUGGUAUGUUUUUGCAGUGGCUGGUAGCUGUUGUUCUUUUUUAUGUGUAGUGCUUUUUUCAGGAGUUCUUGUAAGGCAGGCCUGGUGGUGACAGAAUCUCAGAAUUUGCUUCUCUAAAUGAUUUUAUUUCUUCUUCACUUAUGAAGCUUAGUUUGGCUGGAUAUGAAAUUCUGAGUUGAAAAUUCUUUUUUUACAGAAUGUUGAAUAUUGGCCCCCACUCUCUCCUAGCGUGUAGGGUUUCUGCAGAGAGAUUUGCUGUUAGUCUGAUGGGCUUCCCUUUGUGGGUAAGUCAAACUUUCUCUCUGGCUGCCCUUAACAUUUUUUCCUUCAUUUCAACCUUGAUGAAUCUGACAAUUAUGUGUCUUGGAGUUGCCCUUCUCGAAGAGUAUCUUUGUGGUGUCCUGUGUAUUUCCCCAAUUUGAAUGUUGGUCUGUCUUGCUAGGUUGGGGGAAUUCUCCUGGAUAAUAUCCUGAAGAGUGUUUUCCAAAUUGGUUCCAUUCUCCACGUCACUUUUAGGGACCCCAAUCAAUCAUAGAUUUGGGCUUUUCACAUCGUCCCAUGUUUCUUGGAGGCUUUGUUCGUGCCUUUUCAUUCUUUUUUUCUCUAAUCUUGUCUUCUCGCUUUAUUUUAUUAAGUUGACCUUCAGUCUCUGAUAUCCUUUCUACUGCUUGAAGCAGAAUCUCUCUGCAGAAACUCUACAAUCAAUUCAUCUAUUGACACUUGUGUAUGCUUCAUGAAGUUUUUGUGCUGUGUGUUUUAGCUCCAUCAGGUCAUUUAUGUUCUUCUCUAAACUGGUUAUUCUAGUUAGCAAUUCCUCUAACCUUUUUUCAAGGUUCUUAGUUUCAUUGCAUUGUGUUAGAACAUGCUCCUUUAGCUUAGAGGAGUUUGUUAUUACCCACGUUCUGAAGCCUACUUCUGUCAAUUCGUUAAACCCAUUCUCCAUCCAGUUUUGUUUCCUUGCUGGCGAGGAGUUGUGAUCCUUUGGAGGAGAAGAGGUGUUCUGGUUUUUGGAAUUUUCAGCCUUUUGCACUGGUUUUUCCUCAUCAUCAUGGAUUUAUCUACCUUUGGUCUUUGAUGUUGGUGACCUUUGGAUGGGGUUUUUGUGUGGAAGUCCUUUUUGUUGAUGUUGAUGCUAUUCCUUUCUGUUUGUUAGUUUUCCUUCUAACAGUCAUGCCACUCAGCUGCAGGUCUGUUGCAGUUUGCUGGAGGUCCACUCCAGACCCUGUUUGCCUGGGUAUCACCAGUGGAGGCUGCAGAACCGCAAAGAUUGCUGCCUGUUUCUUCCUUUGGAAGCUUCAUCCCUGAGGGGCACCUGCCAGAUGCCAGCCAGAGCUCUCUUGUAUGACGUGUCUGUUAACCCCUGCUGGGAGGUGUCUCCUAGUCAGCAGGCACAGGGGUCAGGGACCCACUUGAGGAGGCCCUCUUUCCCUUAGCAGAGCUCGAGCACUGUGCUGGGAGAUUUUCUGCUAUUUUCAGAGCCAGUAGGUGGGAACGUUUAAGUCUGCUGAAGCUGCACCCACAGCUGCCCCUUUCCCCAGGUGCUCUGUCCCAGGGAGCUGGGAGUUUUUUCUGUAAACCCCUGACUGGUGCUGCUGCCUUUCUUUCAGAGAUGCCCUGCCCAGAGAGGAGGAAUCUAGAGAGGCAGUCUGGCUACAGUGGUUUUGCCAAGCUGUGGUGGGCUCUGCCCAGUUCGAACUUCCUGGCAACUUUGUUUACACUGACAGCGGAAAACUGCCUAACCAAGCCUCAGUAUCAGCAGACGCCUCUACCCCCACCAAGCUCGUGUGUCCCAGGUCAACUUCAGACUGCUGUGCUGGUAGCGAGAAUUUCAAGCCCGUGGAACUUAGCUUGAUGUGCCUUGUGGGGGUGGGAUCCACUGAGCUAGACCACUUGGCUCCCUGGCUUCAGCCCCCUUUCUAGGGGGAGUCAACAGUUCUGUCUCGCUGGUGUUCCAGGUGCCACUGGGGUAUGAAAAGAAACUGUAGCUAUCUCAGUGUCUGCCCAAACAGCCACCCAAUUUUGUGCUUGAAGCCCAGGGCCCUGGUAGCACAGGCACCUGAGGGAAUCUCCUGAUUUGUGGGUUGCAAAGACUGUGGGAAAAGCAUAGUAUCUGGGCUGGACUGCACCAUUUUUCAUGGCACAGUCCCUCACAGCUUCCCUUGGCUAGGGAAGGGAGUUCCUUGACCCCUUGCAUUUCCUGGGUGAGGCAACACCCCACCUGCUCAGCUGGCCCUUCAUGGGCUGCACCCACUGUCUAACCAAUCCCAAUGAGAUGAGCUGGGUACCUCAGUUGGAAAUACAGAAAUCACCCUCCUUCUGUGAUGAGUUAGCUGGGAUCUUCAGACCACAGCUGUUAUUAUUCAGCCAUCUUGUCAGCCACCCCCUAAAGCUUUUUAUUAUUUUCCCAUUUCUCAGGUUGUCCACUGAAUUUUUUAUCUUGUUUCUUGCAGCAAUAAAGAGCCACAAUGUUGAAUUUACCUAAUUGUUUGCCACCAACUAAUUGUUUUUGACAGUGAGUUAGGUGAGAAGCAUUUUUGUAGAGAUCCAAAUCAAGUCAGGUGACCCUGGGGACAGCAAAACUGCCAGUUUACCAUGCUGUGAUACUGAGUGUUGGGGGAUGGGGUGGUGAAUGGGAACAGUUGUGAGUUAAAAUGCCAAGGGCCAGGCCGGGCGCGGUGGCUCAUGCCUGUAAUCCCAGCACUUUGGGAGGCCGAGGCAGGCGGAUCAUGAGGUCAGAAGAUCGAGACCAUCCUGGCUAACAUGGUGAAACGCCGUCUCCACUAAAAAUACAAAAAAUUAGCCAGGCGUGGUGGUGGGCGCCUGUAGUCCCAGCUACUCAGGAGGCUGAGGCAGGAGAAUGGCAUAAACCCGGGAGGCAGAGCUUGCAGUGACCUGAGAUCUGGCGACUGCACUCCAGCCUGGGUGACAGAGUGAGACUCCAUCUCAAAAAAAAAAAAAAAAAAAAAUGCCAAGGGCCCCACCAUUUUCACCAAGGUUUGUUUUUUGUUGAAUAAAUGCUUUUUAAUUUGUUGUAUGUUUUUGAUUAGUUUCAGCACAUCUGAAAUAGUGUUUUAUAUCAUCAAUAUUGGUCGCCUGUUUGAGAAAAAGUUUUUGCUAAUUUCUUUACCAUUUGGUGUGAACUGCCUCAAAAAUAGAUAAUAUUUUAACUGAAAUAAAAUGAAACCACAAUGUCAACGUUUAUGAGAUGUUUACUAAACUGAUGCUUAUAAAACUUGUAGCUUUAUAUGUUUAUAUUAUAAAAGAACAAAAUUGAAAUCAAUGAUAUGUCUCCACCAUAUGGAACUACAAAAAUAAAAGCAAAUUAAACCCAGGGCAAAAAGAAGAAAGAAAAUAACAAAGAUGAUAGCAGAAGUAAUUUAAAUUCAAAAUAAAAAAAUUAUUGAAAACAAAA